ACGUAUUCAAUAUUCAUCAUAUCAUAUAAAAAUGCAAUUUUUUAGGACUUGAUUUGAUUAGUUGACUCAAAUUUAGGCGCAGUGUUGAAGAAAGCUUGAGCAGUUGAGGAGUGAGGAGUGUGAGAAGGGUUAAACAAGAAAAUUAAAGCAAGAAAACGCCAAAAAGGCCUUCAAAACCCGCCCACUCCCGGCAAAAGCACCCUGCGUUUCCUUUUCCCACAAACAGACGAAUACAUAUGUAUUUGUGUUUGUCGGUAUUCUUCGACUUUGAUCUGCGAAUGGGUCGCGGAAACCGCAGGAGAUGCAAACAUUAGAUUGAUUCCCUCCCUUCAUGGGAAUGCAUAUGAUAUGAUGGCGUUUAGUUGAGCCAUUUCCUUUACUGUGUCUUUUUAAAUUUCAGUUUUUUAAAGUAUCUUAUUGUGUUUUUGUACUUGAGUGUGUAAAUUAAAGAUAGAGUAUUGGGCAAAUGGGAAUAGCAACGGAGUCGAGAAUGGAUCAGUAUGAUAUUAUGGAACAGAUUGGCAGGGGGGCAUUUGGUGCUGCAAUUCUCGUUCAUCACAGACAAGAGAAAAAGAAGUAUGUGCUAAAGAAGAUUCGGUUAGCACGACAAACAGAGCGCUGCAGAAGAGCUGCUUAUCAAGAGAUGGCUUUAAUUGCCCGAGUUCAACACCCUUAUAUAGUCGAAUUCAAAGAAGCAUGGGUGGAGAAGGGUUGCUAUGUUUGCAUUGUUAUUGGCUACUGUGAAGGCGGCGAUAUGGCUGAAUUGAUGAAGAAGGCAAAUGGAUUAUACUUUCCCGAAGAGAAACUUUUGAAGUGGUUCACUCAAUUACUGUUGGCAGUUGAAUAUCUGCAUUCAAGUUUUGUUCUGCACCGUGAUCUGAAAUGCUCUAACAUCUUUCUGACAAAGGAUCAAGAUGUUCGGCUAGGUGAUUUUGGACUUGCUAAAACAUUGAAGGAAGAUGACUUGACUUCUUCAGUUGUUGGAACUCCCAAUUACAUGUGCCCUGAACUUCUUUCAGAUAUUCCUUAUGGUUUCAAAUCGGAUAUUUGGUCUCUAGGAUGCUGUAUGUAUGAAAUGGCUGCUCAUCGGCCUGCCUUCAAAGCAUUUGACAUGGCAGGAUUAGUAAGCAAGAUUAACCGAUCAGCUAUUGGCCCGCUUCCUCCAUGUUAUUCUCCAUCCAUGAAGACACUGAUUAAGGGCAUGCUAAGAAAGAAUCCUGAGAAUCGACCUACUGCAUCUGAACUCCUGAAGCACCCCUAUUUGCGGCCCUAUGUUGAUCAAUAUCGCCCAUCCUGCAAUCCUCCUGCAAGUUCCCCCGAGAAGCCUCUUUCCGUUGUUCAUAACAAUCGAAAGCCUAUGGUUGAAAGCUGUAGCAGUACUAGUUCUUGCAGUGAUAGAGAUGGUUUUGCACCGAGUGAGAGAAACAUUCAAGCCGUGGCUUUCAAUUGUGACGAUAAGCGCACAGAAACUGACUUGGCUUUUGCUGACGAUGAAUGCAAUUCUGGGCAACCUAAUUGCAGUAACAAACAACCCGGAAUCAGUACUUGCACAAAAAUCGAGAAUUACGAGCCAAAAAUUAUCUUGCAUGAGGAACAGAUGUGUAAUUCAGAUGGUAAGCAACCAAUUACUGUAAAUCAUACAGAAAUGGCGUUGAAAGAAGGAAGAACUAGAGAAAAUAAGUAUCUGAUGAGAGAAAAUCGAGCAAAGGCUGGUUUUGAUUCCAGAAAGCGGAAUCAUGCAAUGCAUUCUCAAAAACAUAAGUUGCUUGCUUCCGAUUCCUCUCCAAAAACUAAGCCUAGACACGAGAGAAUCUCUUCCUCCUGGCCUGUAAAGCACGUUGCUGAAGACGGAUUUCCUUCCAGGGCGAGACAAAGAACACCUAAUUUAACUAGACGAUCAUCGAUUCCUCCUGCAGUGUUGUGGCAGGCGGGAAGUGAUGCUCCCGAUAAUGUGGACAAUAAUAAGAGGGUUCGGGAUAUGGAUGACACUUUGAAGGAGCACCAACAACAAGGAGAUGUUGCUCGUGAGAAAUCAAAUACAAUUACCCUCCCAUGUUCUGAAGCACUGGCUGCUUUUAACGAUGAUGCUUCAACUAGCAGGCCUCCGAGUAGUUCUAUUCCUACAUCUAGUGGCCACGAUAAGCAUAUCGUAAAGGAAUUUGUCUCUUCAACAAGAGGUGCCUCUCUCGUUCCCUUGAGUCAAAACAACGUGCUUCGAUCAAACCACACUUCAGAAAUGGACGGUGAAGAUAACCUUACACUGAAAGAAUUGUUAUCCUCCCAAACAGACAAUGCCCCCUUCACCCUCCCUCCUGUCUCAGAUACCAAAAAGACUUCAAAGCUCGAGAAUGGGACUAUUUUGCAAAGUGUAGCUUUCGAUAAUCCAUCUUCUGAUGAUGCCAUAAACGCUAUCCAUCACGAUAGUUACCAGGUUAGUACCGAGGAGCCAGUGAUUGAAAACGUUGGGAAACUGGUAGGCAUAGAAAGUGCUGAGAUUGAUAUUCCAAAAUCAUCUAGUACUGCUGGUGAGUAUGUCAAAACUAAGGAAAUGGAUUCAGGACACCUCAGCAGUCCCGCCUCCCCUGUCUUGGCUUUGGAUUCUUCAGCAACAGCAAAACCCGACCCUCGAGUUGCAGAGGAAAGACCCGUGAAAGAGGCGUUAGAUGUCAAGUCUUUCAGGCAGAGGGCAGAGGCGCUUGAAGGGCUAUUAGAAUUGUCAGCCGACUUACUGGAGCACAAUCGAUUAGAAGAACUUGCCGUCGUUCUGAAGCCUUUUGGAAAGGGCAAGGUUUCUCCAAGGGAGACCGCAAUCUGGUUGGCCAAAAGUCUGAAAGGACUAAUGCUUGAAGAUUCAGCUCACAAUUCAUGAUCAUUAUUCAUAUCAUCAUAUGGUAUAUGCAUUCAUUGCUCAAUAUUUCAGCCUCUUUUUGUCUAAUUUUUUUCCAUUUUCAAGUUCCACUUGAAUCAUUGAAAGACAAAUGUUACAGUUGACAAUUUCUUAGUAUAGUACAUUGUACACAUCAAGAAUAUAAACUGGGAACAUUUUUUAUCCCUCCAAAUGCAGAAUAAAAUGUUUUUAUAUUACAUUGUACCUUAAUCUCAA